ACGAGUACGGUUCCCGUGCGCGCAUACGGCAGCGCUCUUCCGGCGUAAAAUCAAAGAGAGAUUCCAAAGUUCAAACGGCUUAAAAAAUUAUGUUCGAGUGUUUUUUUUGCUGUGUUUUCUUCUUUGCUACGUGCUGCGCGUUUUGAGUUCUGCGAUUUUCGUUUAUGUCUGGCUAUCAAAAUAUUAAGGGUCAGCAAGUCGCUGCGAUCGGACUCUAAUUAAAUGUGCCGUAAUCAGGUCAACACAAUAAUAUCUGCAAAUUGAUGUGCGUUUUCCUUUAUUUCGAUUAUAUAAAAUUGUCUUACGUGGAAUUGGCUAAAAAUCAUCUUUCAGUUGGCAAUUAAGACUUUUCAGUGCAACAUAUGCCUUAAUAAACUCCGAGCCCACCUUGUCGUCAGUUCCACAGUUCAUGCAUGUAAAUUGGCCUCCCACUCUGCCCACGCAGCACACACAUUCACCAGCAUUCUGUAAAUGUACGUAGCUGCAGGCAUGCAUAAUUGAAUGGCUCUACGUGUGAAGUCGCCAACAGCUGACGCCACUAAAGUCAUCAACUUUUGCAUUUGUACAACAGUCGCAAUCGGAGCUAAAGCUGCAGGUGGAGCUGAAGCAUGGUGCUAACAAGGCUAUGAAGGCUAGCUGCAGCAGCCUGCUGAAUAUUUUAAUGCCAUCCGUGUUGCAGUCCAUUCCGACAAACGAGGACUCCAUAAAGGAGCGGCAACACUUUACCUUUGCAGGCCAGAUUUAUGGUUUCCAAGUGAGGACAGGGACUUCAGCUCAAUUUGGCUCACACAAUUCAGGGGUCAAAGGUGUCGGUGCCCCUCAUAGCUCCCAAUAAAGAUUGUUUCUUUGCAUAAUACUGAAACCCAGCCAUCAUGGACGCCUCAUGCAGCUACUAGCUGGUGUGCAGCAGCUCAGCAAUGUUGGCUGCUGGCAGCAGUGAGAUCAGUGACUUCGGGCCAACCUCGCGGCGACUGCAAACGAACUCCGCCGACAACAGCAGGCUCCGAUUAUCGGCUGGCACCACGCCCAAGCGACCUCAUAAAACUUGCCACCGUCCCGGCCCAAUGACAACCAGCAGUACCGGCGGAGCAAGCGGCAACGGAAUCAGCAGUAGCUGUGGAGCUCAAAUCGCUCCGUCCUCGACCAAGGGAGGAAGCGCCAUGACGACUGUUACGGCGACGACGGGCAAGGCGACGGUCGGCCCCGGCCACGGUCAUGGGCGGAAUGACAGGGGGGGCCGCAACACCGCAGCUGGUGGCUCCAACGUGGAAGGGUUUGUCGGGGGGAUCGAGACGUAUUUGGGUCUCAUCGGGUGGCGAAAGAAGUGCCUAUACACCCUGCUGUUGCUGCUGAUGUUGCUUAUUAUCACAAACCUCGUGCUAACCCUCUGGAUACUCAAAGUAAUGGAGUUCUCAACGGAGGGCAUGGGUCAGCUCAAAAUCGUACCCGGUGGCAUACAGCUGUCGGGACAAGCGAUAAUUAUGGACAUGCUGCGCGCAUCGACAAUCCGUUCGCGGCACGGUCAACCCAUAUCCAUAGAAUCAUCACGUAAUUUUUCAAUCAAUACACGUGACCCGAAUGGAAUGAUUGAGAAUCAUUUAUUUCUGGGACACGAUAAGUUCGAGUGCCUGUCUGCGGGAUUUCGCAUAAAUGACACCAACGGACGCAGCCUGUUUUCCGUAAACCGAAACGAAGUGGCAAUCGGAGCGCACGCCCUGCGGAUCGACGGCGAGGGUGGCGCCGUCUUUCGGGAUUCCGUGCAGACGCCGCAUGUGCGCGCCGAGCCAGGUCGGGAGUUGAGACUCGAAUCUCCCACCCGCCAAUUGGAGAUGACGGCGGCCAAGGACAUAAAUUUGCAGUCCCGGGCUGGAGGCAUAGAAGUCGUGGCGCUGGAAGACGUUAAGUUCCGAGCCCUCGAUGGGAGCCUGCGACUGGAGUCUUCGAAGAUUCUCAUGCCCAACCUGCGAAUGGCCCAGCCGCCCAUCCUAGGUACCGCCCAGAGGAUGGAUCACAUGCACCGAGUCUUCCAACUCUGCGCCUGCUCAAACGGCAAGCUUUUUCUGGCAGCGUCGCACUCGAUAUGUGCGGGUGACGACUCUACCGUCUGCAGAUGAUUGCAAGGCAUCACGCGCUGGCAGUCCACGUCCACGUCCAAAAGCGAGGUUCGGGGUGAAGACGAUUUUGACGCCGUUUAAGAAGCUAGGCCUCCGGACAGCCCAGUAUACAAGAUCGCCAUUGCUCAUUACCACAACUAUAGCUGUAUGCACAGGCAACGUCGCAUCCAUGUUAAUUAUUCAUACGCUAACUGUAACAUAGAAUGGUAUACAUAACUAGUAGAAAACACUCAAAUAUGGUUAAUCAUGCAUAUGCGUACACCCUGCAUCCAUAAAUGUUUAUACCCAAAAAAAUCAAGAGCUUCUUAGACACUUGGAUGUUGUGUACUAUUAUACCAGAAGGCAGUUCAGAGACAUAGGCAUAUCCUUCAUAUACAUAUGCUAUAUCACCAAAGCAACUACUAAUGAAUUAUAAUUAUCAGACAAAUAUAAAUUUAUAAUCGAUCAUAGGAAACUACCAGAGCCGUCUCCUGUAAUGAAUAUAUUCGCAUUGUCGUAACAACGUAGUAAAACACUUCAAAACUUUAUUGGUAUGACCUUCCCUAAUGUAACUAUAUUUCCCCACAGCUGGACACCGUUUUACAAGCUGGGUUAUACUCAAUUUGUAUACCCUUGCAGAGGAUUAUAUAUUUUGGACAUAAGUUUGCAACGCGUUGAGGAGACAUUUGCGACUCUAUGUUAAUUAUAUAUAUAUAUAUUUAUAUAUAUAAAUAUAUUAAUCAGCAUCACCAGAAGAGACGAACUGGCCAUAUCCGCCUGCCCGUCCGUCCGUUUGUUAAUAUUUUAGCCCCUAUCAAAAAUGCAAAAAUAGUCAAAUACAUUUUUUUUAAGUCAACUUGGAAUCGAUGCGUUAAGAUCUCAUCUGGUCAAACCAGUAAUUUUUUUUGGUGUGCGUCCAAUUAUAUCUUAGUCAAUAAGAUAAAAGAAAAAAAUAUUUUAGCAAGUUUUUCUCUAUCGUUCAAAUGGCAGCUGUAAAAUGUAAAUCUGCAAUUUUUAUCAGUGAACACAUCCUGACAUCAAAGCCGUUUUCGAACCUGCGUACAUAUAUAAAAAGACGAGUGCAAAAGUUUAUAGUCUUAAAGACCAACAUGGCCAGAAAUGCUGAUUAAGACUAGUCAUACCUACUUUAUAUGGUCGGAAAUGUUUAAUUUACUGCGGUUCAAACUUUUGGACAAAACUAUAAUAUCCUCUCCAAGGGUAUAAAAAUUAGUUUUUAAGUACAAUAAAAACAAUUUUUUUUAAAGUACAUUUUCAAAUUUGGAAUUGAACAAGAAGACUUUCUUGAAACGUCUGGGGUCGAUUUUAUACACGGUAGACCCAUUGACACAUAGCAGUCCUAAGUAAUUGUACAUAAGACUGCCUUCUUUAUCAUACUAUAUUACGAAUUGAAUCGGCCGUAAUUGUAACUGUAUUCAUUUAGAUAAUAACGCAAAAUCUAUUUAAACAGUUUUUUUGAUAAUUAUGAUCAGAAUCCAAAGCAUCAUGCUGACAUUAAGCACAAUACAAAGACAAUGAAAUAUCAUCCAAUGAAUCACAAGAGCUAUUUAUACCUUAACCUAUACAUGUGUAAUAUUACAGAUACACAUAUGAAAACAAACACGAAUAUCGGUAUAAAUAUGGAUACAAAAUGAAAUAUGAGUAAAUUACUUUGAACAUGGAUAUAAAUAUAAAAUAUAUAUUAAUAGAGUUGAAUAUGAAAUUGCUGUUGAAUUUUUGAAGUGCGAGAACACUGAUAUAUAGAUAUAUUUAAAAAUAAUCAAAUAUAUUUGUAUCUGUAUCUAUGCAAGCAUAAGGCAAAUGCUUUUAGAGAGGCAUUACGUUUAAUAUGUGGUUGAUUUUUUUUAGCACGGUUAGGAAACAUAAUGUUUAAAUAGAAAGUUUGGUGUGGAUGCAAGAAACUUUUAUAUCACAUAUAUUGUAAUACAGCAAGGUACUAAAAUAGAAAUACAUGC